UUUCCACUUUCCCUAACUUGACUCCGGUCCUGCGAUUCACUGACGCUUUUUUAUUCCCACACUGUGGAUUUUCCACUGAGGAGCAGCUGGACCAGACCGGACCGAGUCUGGUUUGAACAGAACAUUUGAACAUUUGAAAGUGUCAGCUGACCUCCACUCCUCUUUGCUUCACACACUCUGCUCUGCUCACUUCUUCUUCUUCCUCCGGUUGGAUUUACUCAGGGCGUGUUUGGGCGAGCUGUACCGGGAGUUCAUCUCCUGUGCUUGUGCGACUCUGAGGAAUGACAGCGACGGGACUGUGUACCGCCUGAAUGCAAACAAUGGAUUAUACAGAGCUGGGCCAUCAUCUGGAGGAGAAGCUCACACUAACAGACAAAUCUCUGCCCCUACAGACAGAGUCUCCGUCCAUCCAGAAUGGGGACAAGUGUUUGGGGAAGGACGCUCUGACUUCAGAUGACUCAGCCAUCACAGACCUCUCUCCUAAAACAGAAUCCAGCCCCCAAACAGAGACCCCCACCCAGACAGAUGCCUCCUCCAAGACAGAAAUGAGGCCAUCCACCCCGGGCAGCAGCCCUCAGCCCAAGAAAGAUUCACUGAGCUCAGAGCAACGACAGAAACUUGCCAAAGAGCGGAGAGAGGAGAGAGCCAGAUAUAUCGAACAGCAAACUCAGCUGCAAGCGGCCAAGAAGGCCCAGUGGCUGGAAAAAGAAGAGAAGGCCCGACGUCUGAGAGAGAGCCAGCUGGAGGACCGCAGGAGGAAGCUGGAGGAGCAGAGGCUGAAGGCUGAGAAACGCAGAGCUCUGCUGGAGGAGAAACAGAGACAGAAACUAGAAAAGAACAAGGAGAGAUAUGAAGCAGCUAUCAAGCGGUCGACAAAGAAGACGUGGGCUGAGAUCCGUCAGCAGAGGUGGUCCUGGGCGGGCGGACUCAACCAGACCUCCCGCAGAGAAAGCAGAUGCUCGGCCUCCACGGUCAACUUGCCGAGACAGGUGGACCCUGUCAUUAACAACAGGCUGUCCAAGUCCUCUGCCACGCUCUGGAACUCCCCCAACAGAACCCGCAGCCUGCGUCUGAGCCCGUGGGAGAGCCGGAUUGUGGAGCGGCUCAUGACGCCGACACUCUCUUUCUUGGCCCGCAGCCGCAGCGCUGCCACCCUCCUCAACAGCGACUCUCGCGAGUACUCUCACCACUGCUCCCGUUCAGCCUCUGCCAGCCCGCUGAACGUCUGCUCCCAUCACCACCCGCACCAGAACGCUGCAGAGCGCUGGAGGGUCUCCUCUGCCAGCACACCAGACAUCACCCAGCGCCAGCGCCGACGAAACUCCACACUGGUGGACAAAAAGAAAAAAGAGAAGAAAGACAAGGAGAGGGAGAACGAAAAAGAGAAGAACGCUCUCACAAAAGAGAAAGUGCAGAAGAAGAGACAGAUAACGUCACCCACCACCACGACCCAGAGAUCCAGGCCAGAGACCAGCACCCCGAAGCCAAAAAACAGACCUCCAUCACCUGCCGCCCCCAAGAGCCGGCCCUUGUCCCCCCUGGUGCCUGCAGCAGCCGCCAAGACCCCCACAGGCAAGAAGACACCUCCUACUGGUACCAAGACCAGACCCAAACGAGCCCAGACACCCGCCAGGGUCCAGUCUCAGACAGUCACUGCAGUUGCUGUGGAAACAGGCCACGAAUCCCAACAGCCAGAGACCCCAGAGGAGAAAAAGAACUCCACUAAUGUCCCAGCCAUCGUGGUGUCCUCUGCACUGGUUACACCUCCUUCCCUCAGCCUACCCGUUGUAUCAGCAGCCUCUCCGGCUGUGCCAAACGUAGAGCCAGUUGCCUCAGCUGCUUCUACGGUUGCAGCCUCCACCAGUAAUCCUGCUCCUUCUCCUACACCUGCCACCGCUGUGGCUUCCACCCCAGCUGCACCCGCCAGCAGGCCAUCAGCCGGCACCAACAACCCAGAGGAGGCUGCUCGUGUCCUGGCAGAGAAACGCAGACAAGCCAGAGAGCAGCGGGAGAGAGAGGAGCAGGAGCGUCUGGAGCAGGAACACAAGAACAGAAUCCUUCGGGAGGAGGCGAUUGUCCGGGAGGCAGAGGAGAGGAAGCGCAGAGAGGAGGAGGCUCGAUUCAUGGCUGAGCAGCAGCGUCUUAGGGACAAAGCCCAGCGAGAUCAGGAGGAGAAGGAGGCGCAGGAGAGAGCCAAAGCCGAGCAGGAGGAGAACGAGAGGCUGCAGAGACAGCACACAGAAACGUUGACAGUGUGCAGAGACCAACUUGCUCUACCUCCUGAACUACAGCCACGCCAAAUGUGCUCAAGUGGCUCUUACAACAAUGUCCAGAGGGAGGAGGCUGAAGCCAAAGCCCGUGAGGAGGCCGAGCGUCAGCGCCUGGAGAGGGAGAAGCACUUCCAGAAGGAAGAGCAGGAGCGGCUGGAGAGGAAGAAGCGCCUUGAGGAGAUCAUGAAGAGGACUCGGAAAAGUGAUGCAGGUGAUAAGAAGGACGUCAAAGCUUCUCCACAGGUGAAUGGCAAGGACACAGAGCUCAGUAAGGCAGCUGGAAAUCUGCAGAGUGCAGCAGUGUCGGCUCCUGUUGUGAAUGGCGUCCAGCCCGCCACUCACCAGAACGGCUUAUCAGCCAAUGGAGAAGCGGCUGACUUCGAGGAGAUCAUCCAGUUGAACAACAGUAGUAAUCCAGCACAGACUCAGAGCGGGCUGGUCAGUGAGCCCAUCUUGGCGUUCGAGGGUGGAGAGCCCUUCCUGAUGAAGACAGGCCCUAUGAAGCCUCAGCAUGUCGCAGAGGUCCUGUGAGUCCCCACACAUCCAUGGAGACGCACCUUAUGUCACAGCUUGAGCUAUGAGAUUCAUGCCACACCACAACAGCUUCUAAAAAUAGUGUGCCAAACAAACAAACUGCGCUGAACUCACAUCUACAGUAUCUGCCACAGAGGACAAAGAUGAGGAGGAGCAAAACUCUGCCUGGGAGGGACAAAGUCAUCUGAAAUUAAAAAAUAAAUAAAUAAAAAAAUGAAACAAGUAUUCUGUCUUGACCGUGUUCUGGUGCAGCAUUUGUCAAGUUUUAAUGAAAUGUCGCAUACAGAUUUUAUGGUGCACCUUAAAGAUGACUGGCUGUAACAAAUUUUAGAAAAUACAGUAUAAGACCUUGGACAUACAUAAUAUCUGACAAUGGUGAUUAUUGACGUUGUUCUAUUAUUCUUGUUACCUUAAGUUGAACAGUGUGUGUUUGUUGUUUUCGUCUUGAAUUAUUGAGUUAUUUAACACGGGGAGUAUUGGAAGGACCGGCCACAGACCGUGUAUGUAAAUGUAUAAUGAGCCUGGCUGCCUCGGCCUCCUGUUACAGGGGAUCUGUGAAAUAAAGCUUUAUGAAAGGGA